AUGAUAGAACGUGCUGGUAAUUUAGGAGUGAAGGAAUACCUUCCAGCGUAUUUAGACACUUCCAUACAAGACAACGAUCUUAUUUCAGGUGUAUCUUUUGCUUCUGGUGGCUCUGGCUAUGAUAACAUAACAUCCGAAAUAGUGAAUGUCAUACCAUUAUCGGUUCAGUUGGAGAUGUUCAAAGAAUACAUUGGGAAGUUUAAUGAGAUUGUGGGAGAAGAAGAAGCAAACCAAAUGAUAAAAAAGGGUGUGUAUUUGGUAUCAUCAAGCUCUAAUGAUUGGGCAAUAAGUUACACUGUAGUUCCAAUUAGACGAUUACAAUACAAUGUGACUGGUUAUGCUUAUCUAUUAGCAAACAAUGCUAGAGUCUUUUUUGAGGAAUUAUACAAACUGGGAGCAAGGAAAAUAGUUGUCUUCGGCACACCAUAUAUUGGUUGUUUUCCACUAGCAAGAACUUUCUUGGGAGGACUUAUUACUUGUAGUGACAUGUUGAAUAAAGAAGCAGAAACCUUCAACAAAAUGCUAAAAAGUGAGCUUGAAUAUCUUCAAAGCAGUUUGCCACAGUCCACUUUUUGCUAUGUUGAUUACUUCAAUAUUUCAAGAGAGCUCAUCGUAAACCAUCUCCAAUAUGGCUUCAGAGUUGUAGAUAAGUCUUGUUGUGGAACAGGGUUGUUCGAGACAGUGGUUCUUUGUAACAAACUUAGCCCACUAUGUCAUAAUGACUCAACAUUCUUAUUUUGGGACAGUAUCCAUCUAACAGAUGAAGGAUAUAAACUUGUUGCAAAUCAUGCUCUCCCAGAACUAAGGAGAUGUUUGCUCUAAAUUCAUGAACUUUAUUAUGAGAGUUAGCUAUUUUGUUGGUAGAGGAACAACACCAUAUCAGCAACGAAAAUAGAACAAGAGGGCUUUUUAAUAAUAUGUUGUGUGUUGG